UGACUGUGGUCUGAACCAAUCAGAAGGACACAGGGGCUGUCCUGCAUGACUCCGUAUCUCAGGUUAUAAAUAGCCUCGACUUCAGCUUUUUUUACAAGUGUUUCUGUACGCGACCAUAGAGGCUGUGCUCCGCCCGAAGAGAAGCAGGGUUAAGAAACUCAACUUUGAGUCAUGGCUCGUACCAAGCAGACCGCUCGUAAAUCCACCGGAGGAAAGGCGCCUAGAAAGCAGCUGGCCACAAAGGCCGCCAGGAAGAGUGCGCCCUCCACUGGUGGAGUUAAGAAGCCGCACAGAUACAGGCCUGGUACUGUUGCUCUGCGUGAGAUCCGUCGGUACCAAAAGUCUACUGAGCUGCUCAUCAGGAAGCUUCCUUUCCAGCGUCUUGUGAGGGAAAUUGCUCAAGACUUCAAGACCGAUCUGCGUUUCCAGAGUGCAGCUAUUGGGGCUCUACAGGAAGCCAGUGAGGCCUAUCUGGUCGGUUUGUUUGAGGACACAAACUUGUGUGCGAUCCAUGCCAAGAGAGUUACCAUCAUGCCUAAGGACAUCCAGCUGGCCAGGCGAAUCCGAGGAGAACGGGCUUAAUUUUUAUCUUUUUAACGGGGUGGUUGGGAAGAACAGGGAUCGGGCCCGGGGAUUUGUUUUUGUACAUCAUGAUCCUAUACCAGCAUGUGUACCAUUUUUAAAUGUUUGUAGUUGCAUGUGUGUUUUUGUACUUUAAUUUUCCUCUUCUCAUAUUAGCUUAGAAAAUGAACUGUAUAUUCUGAACAAUUCACUGCCUCUCAGGUUUGACUCAGUUUUAGUCUGAACCAUAAUCAUGUUGCAUGUGACAGGACUCCUUGUGCUGUAAAUAAACUUUUCCGCUACCUCA